CAGUCAUGGCAGAUCUCAGGAUAAUGGUGGUUGGUAAAACUGGAGCUGGAAAGAGUGCAUCAGGAAACACCAUCCUGGGAGAAAAGGUGUUUGAAGAAAACAUGUCUUCUGAAUCUGUGACUAAGACAUGCCUGAAACAUCAGAAGAAGGUGAAAGGUGGAAACAUCUCAGUGAUUGACACUCCAGGACUGUUUGAUACAAAAAUCAGUAAAAAAAUAUUGAAGGAUGAGCUUGAGAAAUGUGUCAAUAUGUCUGUUCCUGGUCCUCAUGCAUUUCUGCUGGUCAUCAGACUGGACGUGAGAUUCACAGACGAGGAGAAAAAAACUGUGAAAUGGAUUCAGGAGAACUUUGGAGAAAAAGCUGCUUAUUACUCCAUCAUUCUGUUCACUAGAGGAGAUCAGAUAGAUACACCUAUAGAGGAGUUUCUGAACAAAAACGGGCAGAUUGAAGAGCUUGUUAGACAGUGUCAAGACAGGUAUCAUGUUUUCAAUAACAAAGAUAAAAAUCCAUCACAGGUUAAUAAACUGCUGGAUAAGAUAGUAAGAAUGGUGAUGGAGAACGGAGGAGGACAUUAUACAAAUGAGAUGUACAAGGAGGCUCAGAAGAGGCAGAGAGAGGAAAAUGAGAGACGGAAGUUGGAAGAAGAGGAAAGAAUGAACAAGGAAGCUCAGGAGAGGCAGAGAAUCAAGAACAUAAAUGAGGAUAAUAAAUCUUUUUUUUCAACAGUUGCUGCCUCACUUGAUGGGCCAUUAGCCAUUGGGAGAGUGUCUGUCACACCCCUGGUCUGA